UCUUCCUUUUUUCUUUUCUUCACAACACCACAGGGGUUUUUCAUUUUCUCUUCUCCAAUUCUCUCUCUCUCUCUCCCUCUCCCUCUCUCUCUCUCUUACCCAAAUCAAAUUUUAAUUCUCAAAUUUCUUUCUUUGGGAUUUGUGUUCUUUAAAAUUUUAUGGAUCUCUUCCCUUUUCUCCCCACUGGAUUUUGGAUCUUCCCUUUCAAUUCCCUCUGAUUUUCUUACAUUUCUCUUCUUCCUCUUCUUCGAAUUUGAAAUCUUAGCUUGAAUUUGGAUCUGGCUUUGAUUGAAUCAUUAGGAUCCUUCUUCUACAGUGAAACUGGCAGAUCUCUCUGCGUUUGAUGAGUUUUUACCACAAUGAAUGCCUAAGAUAUGGUGAUGAAGAAGAGAUUGGAUAAUGGAUUCAAUGGCUUUUCGAAUUGGACCGUGCCGAGAGGUCCGAGAUCUCUUAGAAAGAAGGUUCAUCGAAAGAAAGAUUUCGAAGAUGGCCAGAUCUGCGCAAUUGAAUUGCUGGCUUCUUUAGCGGGGAAGCUUCUGCAGGAUGGCGAAAGCACAGCCUGCAGUAAUACGUCGGAUGGAGAUCACUCGGUGAUUGGCACAAAUGUCGUCAAGGAAGAACGGUCGAGUGAAGAGAAAGCUUUUAAGGUGGAAUGUUGUGAUGGUGGUAGCAGCCAAAGUUGUGAUCUUGAUUUAGAGAAGACUGAUCAGAAGCAAAAUCUGAACAAACUCCAGUAUGUAGAUAAUAAUACUGUUUUGGAUUGUACUUCAGUCGUCGUAAAUUCUAACAGCUCAGACGAGGCCUGUGGUGAUGUUAAGCCUGUGAUUCACAAGUCGGAGUUCGAAGAUUAUAGCACGAAACCAGAGGAAGACUCCCCUGAUUUUCUAGAAACAACAGAUACUGGUAUGAACAUUGUUAAUGAAGAACAUGAAGCCAAAGGAUUUGGAAUCGGAUUUCAAAAGAUAACUGAUUCACACAAUUCUAAGGAUUUGAAGAAGUCCUAUGGAAAAUUAUCAACUAUGGUCAAUUCAAGCUUCAAAACUAAAUUGCCCUUGUCAACAGAUGCCAUUCGUAGUUCAUUUUCCAGAUAUAGGAAUUACCUUAAGUUAGCAAGUAGAGAUGAUGAUGAAAAAUUUAGGUCCAAUAAAUCUAGCAUUCACUCAAACACGUAUAGGCCUCCAUCGCGAAUUGCAGGUCGACGAAUAAGGAAAUUACUGAAUUCGAAACACUGGAAAGUAGCUCCAAAACUGAAGGAUUGUGAGGUUGCCAGAUCUGAAUCUAUAGGCGAAGAAGCAAGGAACCCUUUUCGCAAGAGAAAACUAUAUUUUAACAGUGAGAGAUACCAGGAUAGUCUUUACAAAAGGAGGAGAUUUUUCGACCGAAGCUCCAUGGUGAAUUCUGAUGGAGGAAUGAGCAGUGAAAGCGUAACCAACUCUCCUGAAAAGAGCGUCCACAUCGAUAAGUCUAGUUUAGCUGCAAUAUUGCAUGGAGCAAGUGUUCAACCAUCAUCAGGUCAACAAGCAUCCUUUCUCUCCAAAGAUGCUCAUGUAAAAUUUAGCAUUAGAUCAUUCAAGGUGCCAGAACUAUUUAUUGAUGUCCCCGAAAACGCAACUGUUGGUUCCCUGAAGAAGAUAGUACUUGAGGCAGUAACUGCUAUUCUCAAGGAUGGAUUACACGUCGGGGUUCUUGUUCACGGGAAAAAGGUUAGAGAUGAUAACAGAACCCUGUUGCAGACAGGACUUACCUGUAAAGAUAAUUUGGAUACUGUCGGUUUCACGCUGGAGCCAAAUCUUGUGCAUAAUACUACACCGGCUUUGUGUUCUGAGGAUCCCCCUCAGAUAUUAGCAUGUGACAUGACUGAACUUCCACCCAGCUCUCCUGUAAAUCCUGUUUCGAGCUCGGUAAUACUAGAUGUCGCCUUACCAAAUAAUUCAUUGACCAACUCCCAAAACCAAGAUGAAAAUAAACACGAACUGAUUACUACCAGCAUUGACAAGUUACCUGACAAUUCUUUACAAGAUUGCAAAGCUUUGGUUCCUGUACCAGAAAUGACUAUGGAAGCAUUAGCUGCAGUUCCCUUGAAUCCAAAAUCUAAGCGUUCAGAAGUUAUACAGCGUCGAACCAGGAGACCCUUCUCCGUUUCAGAAGUAGAAGCGCUGGUUCAGGCUGUUGAGGAGCUAGGAACUGGAAGGUGGCGGGAUGUUAAAUUCCGUGCAUUUGAGAAUGCAGAUCACCGAACUUACGUGGAUUUGAAGGAUAAAUGGAAAACCUUGGUUCACACGGCAAGAAUAUCGCCUCAGCAGAGAAGGGGAGAGCCUGUCCCGCAAGAACUUCUGGACCGGGUGCUGGCUGCACAUGCUUAUUGGUCGCAACAUCAGGCAAAGCAACAUGGUUCCAAGCAUCUUCAAGCUGGAGUCGUGAAGGCCAUUGAGGGCUCCAGCAGUUAAGCUUGUCGUCGAAAAGAAAUUUCCCACAUAUAAUGUAAAAAGGAAUAGUAGGUAUAUUUGACACUUUGCUGUAAUCAAUCAAGGCAAAUUGUAAGCAUGAUUUUAAUUUCUUGUAUUCUCUCACACUUCGAUUCAUUGUUUAGAUUUCCCAUUUGGGAAGAAUUGUCAUUUGUAAAUAUGAUUCUUGUAAUAAUGAGAUUCUAACAGAAUUCUUUCUGUGUUUAGAUA